AUGAAGUCUUUGUCGGCUGCCACUGCCACCACCACGACAGCUGCGCUAGCGCUAGCGCUGGUGACUGCGUCCACUACUCUUCCCUUCGUCUCAUCCGCCAGCAUCUCUCACGAUCACGCAGCACCCGUCGACUACUCCCUCUUCAGACGAUCGGUCACCACCGAUGCCUCAAAACUCUCGGGCGCAACUUACGACUACGUCGUUGUAGGCGGAGGUCUCGCCGGUCUCGUCGUCGCCAACCGCCUUUCAUCGAACCCCAACAUUACUGUCGCAGUCAUCGAAGCUGGCGGUUCAGGCUAUGCAGACAAUCAGAAAUUCGUCGUCCCCGCCGCAAACCUCUAUGACACGUCCGUCGGCACGCAAUACGAUUGGCAAUGGAAGACCACUCCCCAGCAGGGCCUGUCGGGUCGAUCCGCAAACUGGCCUCGUGGCAAAGUUCUCGGCGGAUCGUCGGCCAUCAAUGGACUCUACUACGUUCGUCAUAGCGACAUCGAGCAAAAUGCCUGGGCAGACUUGAUCAACGACGAGCAGGAUUGGACUUGGGAUAAGAUGCUAGACGCUAUGAAGAAGAGCGAAUCUUUCACACCUGCUACGCAAGCCACCACGUCGAGGUUUUCAGUGCCCUACCAAGCUUCUUCGCACGGAACCGAUGGACCAGUGCACGUGAGCUACCCAGAAACCACGUAUGCUCAGGUCGGAGCCUUCUUGCAGUCGACCAACAACGUCGGUAUUCCUCAAUCCCAGGACCCGGAUGCUGGUCAGAGUUGGGGAGCCUUCCUGGCCACGUCCAACAUCAACCCUACCAAUUGGACCAGGAGUUUCUCCAGGACUGCGUAUCUCGACCCCGUUACGUACAGGACCAACCUUGACGUGUUGACAGGUCAUCUUGUGACCAAGGUUACAUUCAACUCAACGACUGGGUCGCAGGGAGCUGUUGCCUCUGGUGUCGAGAUCAGCGCUAGCAGCGGUGCUCGGUCGCAGCCCGUGUAUGCAAGGAAAGAGGUGAUUCUGUGCGGCGGUGCCGUCAACGAUCCACAAAUUCUGCAGUUGAGCGGCAUCGCCGAUGCAGCCUUGCUUAGCGGGCUGGGCAUCGAUCAGGUGGUAGACCUGCCCGGUGUCGGAUACCAUCUUCAGGACCAUCUCUCCACUGGCGUUGUCUUUUCGCCUGCAGCAUCGGCGACCAUGCCUCCUACCAGCGUCACGGGCAACAAAGCAACCGAUUCGUACGUCAACAGUGCCAUCGCCUACGUUUCGGGUUCCAACAUCUUCGGAGAUCAAGAAUGGGCGUCUAUGAUUAACCAAAUUCGCGCCGAUCGGGAUGCUAAUGUGGCAGCGUACGAUGCACCUGCCGCAGUGAAGGCGGGAUACAACGCUACGUACACGACUCAGGUGGACAAGUUCUUCCCUUCUCAGAUCGGUCCUAUCGAGUUGCUGUUUGCGUUGUCCUUUGGAGGCGUCCAGGUACAGGCAGCACUGCAGCAUCCCUUGUCGAGAGGAAGCAUCAAGAUCACCUCGACUGAUGCCUUCACUCCACCCGCGAUCGACCCGGCUUAUCUGUCCAAUCCUACAGACAUGACCAUCUUGCGCGAAGGCUUCAAGCUCGCUCGCAAAGUCGGAUCCACACCGCCACUUGCCAACUACACCUCUUCCGAGUCUGCGCCGGGUUCUUCGGUGACGACCGAUGCGCAAUGGGAGGCUUGGAUCCGUAGCACUGUCGGAACCGAGUUUCAUCCGUCGUCGACAUGCUCCAUGCUGCCGCGCGAGCAGGGCGGGGUUGUAGGCAAGGAUCUCAAGGUGUACGGAACGCAGAACUUGCGGGUGGUCGAUGCGUCGGUUCCGCCUGUAAGUUUCAGCGCUCAUUUGAUGAGCAUCACAUACGGGUUGGCUGAACUGGGGAGCGAGAUGAUCCUGCAGGAUUAUGCAUUGGGUAUGACGCCGGCGAGGAAUACUACUGCCGCUUCGACUGGCGGUGGCAGGUCCGGCGGUGGAAGCGGAAGUGGGGGAUCGAAGAGCGGCUCUACCGGCUCGGGUUCCACCGGCUCCGGGUCCACCGGCUCGGCGGCGAGUAAUGCCACAAGCGCUGCGGCGAGCACAGCUUCCCUCUCCUCGUCGUUGGCGAUCCUUUUGUCCCUUGUCGUUGGUUCUGCCCUUGCUGCUGCACUGGGCUAA